AUGGCCCUGCCCCGGCCUCCGCGCGCCCCGCAGCUCCGGUUCCUGCUGUUCCUGCUGCUGCUGCUGCUGCUGCUGCUGUCCUGGCCGCCGCCGGGGGACGCCCUGGCACUGCCCGAGCAGCGACGCGCCCACCCGGAGGGGGCCCAGCUCGACGCCCGGGAGCUACGCGGUCGCUUCCAGGACCUGCUGAGCCGGCUGCAAGCUAACCGGAGCCGGGAGGACUCGAACUCAGAGCCCGCCCCCGGCCCGACUGUCCGGAUACUCACUCCAGAAGUGCGACGGGGCCCGCGCGGCCGCCUGCUGCUCCGCGUCCGGGCGUCGCCGACGCAGCGUCUCCCCGAAGCCCACCGCGUGCACCGAGCGCUGCUCGUGCUGCCGCCGCCGUCGCGGCCCUGGGACGUCACCGUGCCGCUGCGGCGCGCGCUCAGCCUCCGGGGACCCCGCAGCCGCGCACUGCGCCUGCGCCUGGCGCCGCCCCCGGGCCUGGCCGUGGCGCCCUCUUGCGGCGCGCGCCUGGAACUGCACCUGUGGCCGGCCGCCGGCAGGGGGCGCCGCAGCGCGCACGCGCGCCCCAGAGACGCCUGCCCGCUGGGCCCCGGGCGCUGCUGUCACCUGCAGACGGUGCAGGCGACCCUCGAGGACCUGGGCUGGAGCGACUGGGUGCUGUCCCCGCGCCAGCUGCAGCUGAGCAUGUGCGUGGGCGAGUGCCCGCACCUCUACCGCUCGGCCAGCACGCACGCGCAGAUCAAAGCGCGCCUGCACGGCCUGCAGCCCGACCGGGUGCCCGCCCCCUGCUGCGUCCCCUCCAGCUACACCCCGGUGGUCCUCAUGCACCGGACGGACAGCGGCGUGUCACUGCAGACCUACGACGACCUGGUGGCCCGGGGCUGCCACUGCGCAUGAGCGCCGGGCCGCGCGCUCACCUGCACUCCUCUCUGCUAUUUAUAUUUGUAUUUUUUAAUUUAUUUAUUUGUAUUUUAUGUACAUUGGUGUUUUGCCUGCAUGUAUGUCUGUGUGAGGGUGUUGAAUCCCCUGGAACAGGAGUUACAGGCAGGUGUGACCUGCCCUGUGGUUGCUGGGAAUGGAACCGGGUCCUCUGGAAGAGCAGCCGGUGCUCCUAACCGCUGAGCCGUCUCUCCGGCCCCCUUGUAUUUAUUAAUAUUGUUAAUUUAUUGGGGUCGGGCUGGGUGAGUGCGUGGAUUGUGUAUUUAUUUAAAACUCUGUUAAUAAACGUGAGACUGGUUUCUA